GCGGCGUUGACCGCAACGCUGAGGGAAAACACUAGGCGCACGUGUUCAGUCGAGAGUCGGGACGGUCACCUAACGUGGCUAAAAUUCGGAUGAACUAUCUAGGGAUUAUAGCACUUUUUUAUGGACUACCCUAAAUGUAUAACGAUUAUCGAACGAGCGUACGGAAACGAUAACAGAGGGUGAGACUUUUCUGAAGUGAAACUUUAAAAAAAGGUCUGCCUUGGGUUGGGAUCCCUAUCAUCGAAGCGGUCCUUCGGGAUACAAAGUGAUGGUGCCAAUCUCAGACCCUAUGAGCUCAUAGCCAGUUUGCUGCAGUUUGGACCAGCAGGAAGCGCACCCUUGCAGGCUGGUCUAGGACGGAUGUCGGCCCCUGGGCUCAGAUGGAUGUCGGCCCCUGGUCUCUGGGCCCCUGUCUGCGUGCUACUAGCCAGGCUGAUGGUGCUGGCCCAUGCAGGAAGCGCGCCCAGUUUCUUCAGAGCCCCUGAUGACCAGAUAGGAAUAUCUGGGGGCGUGGCGUCCUUCGUGUGCCAGGCGCUGGGGGACCCCAGACCCCGCAUCACCUGGAUGAAGAAAGGGAAGAAAGUUAGCUCUCAACGUUUUGAGGUGAUUGAGUUUGACAACGGCUCAGUGCUACGCAUCCAGCCCCUGCGGACCCAUCGGGACGAGGCCAUGUACGAAUGCACGGCCAGCAAUAGUGUGGGAGAGAUCAACACUAGUGCCAAGCUCACUGUUCUGGAAGAGGACCAGGUCCCCCAUGGCUUCCCCACCAUCGACAUGGGCCCCCAGCUGAAAGUAGUGGAGAGGACCCGCACAGCCACCAUGCUGUGCGCUGCCAGCGGAAACCCAGACCCUGAGAUCUUCUGGUUCAAGGAUUUCCUCCCUGUUGAGAUUGAUAGCAGCAAUGGACGCAUCAAGCAACUCCGUUCAGGUGGUACACCAAUCAGAGGAGCCCUGCAGAUCGAGCUCAGUGAGGAGGCGGACCAGGGCAAGUACGAGUGUGUGGCUGUGAACAACGCAGGCACCCGAUACUCUGCUCCAGCCAACCUUUAUGUUCGAGAUCAGCGGGAAGUUCGGCGUGUGCCUCCGCGCUUCUCCAUCCCGCCCACGGACCACGAGGUGAUGCCAGGAGGCGACGUGAACCUGACCUGCGUGGCGGUGGGCGCCCCGAUGCCCUACGUCAAGUGGAUGAGUGGCGCGCUUGACCUCACCCGGGAGGACGAGACACCCGUGGGCCGCAACGUCCUGGAGCUCACCAAUGUGCGGGAUUCAGCUAAUUACACCUGCGUGGCCAUCUCCUCCUUGGGCAUGAUUGACACCACGGCCCAGAUCACCGUCAAAGCCCUGCCCAAGCCACCCUCCACACUCAUUGUGACUGAGACCACUGCCACGAGCAUCACCCUGACUUGGGACUCAGGAAAUCCCGAGCCUGUCUUCUAUUAUGUCCUCCAGUAUCACCCAAAGCUGUCCAUCAAUGGCUUCCAGGAAGUGGACGGAGUAGCCACCACUCGCUACAGCAUCGGAGGCCUCAGCCCUUACUCGGAGUACGAGUUCCAGGUCAUCGCUGUGAACAAUAUCGGGCGCGGCCCCCCGAGCAGCGCGAUCGCCGCACGCACUAGCGAGCAGGCGCCCUCCUCACCCCCCCUGCACGUCCAGGCACGCAUGCUGAGCCCCAGCACCCUGCUGGUCCAGUGGGAGCCACCAGAGGAGCCCAAUGGCCAGAUCCGGGGCUACCGCUUGUACUACAGCUCCAGGCCCGAUACCCCCCUGAGCUCCUGGCACCGGCACAACACAGACGACGGGGAGAUGACAAGCCUCCUGGGCCUGACCCCCGACACCACCUACAACCUGAGGGUGCUCGGGUUCACCUCCAAGGGGGACGGGCCCCUCUCAGAGGUGCUGCAGGUCAGGACCCAGCAGGGAGUUCCCGUUCAGCCUUUUGGCUUUGAAGCAGAGGCUGAAUUGGAUACACGCAUCAUGUUGUCAUGGCAGUGGCCCGUCAACGACCAGAUUGUCAACUUAGAACUGAUUUAUUGGGAGGCUUCUGACUUGGCUAAUAAAGUCCAGAUCACGUUGGAGCCAAUGGGGUCCUAUGCUGUGGAAGGUCUUAGACCAGACACCCUCUACAUGUUCUCAUUAGCAGCGCGCUCCGAGCUGGGUUUAGGGGUGUUCACUCAGCCCAUAGAGGCCAGAACUUCUCAGUCCACCCUACCCCUGGAAUUACACCUGCUAAGCCUUAGCUCCACCAGCAUCCAGGUGAGUUGGGUAGCGCCCCAUGCAGCCAGUCGUCAUGGGAACAUAGCAUCCUACUCACUGGCCUAUCAGGCACUCUCUGGCGAAGGGGCUGCACGUCGAGUGGUGACUGGGAUCGGAAUCAAUGUGAGCAGCUAUGUGCUGGAAGAUCUGGAGAGGUGGACUGAGUAUGUUGUCUGGUUGAAGACUCACUCUGACAAAGGGCUGGGCCCAGAGAGUCCUGCGGCCCACACCAGAACACAGGAAGACGUGCCCGGCGCCCCUCCCAGGAAGUUGGAGGCAUACGCUCUGAACUCCACUGCCUUCAGAGCGACCUGGAAGCCCCCCCUGCCUGUGAAGCAGCACGGGCAGAUCAGAGGCUACCAGGUGGUCUACACCCGGCUGGAAAACGGGGAGCCCCAUGGGCAGCCCCUUAUCGUCGACGUGUCCCUCCCUGAAGUCCAGGAGGCAACCGUCACAGGACUGCUCCCAGAGAAGAGCUACUCUGUGACGGUGGCUGCCUACACCAGCAAGGGAGACGGGGCCCGCAGCAAAGCCAAGGUGGUCACCACAACAGGAGCUGUCCCAGGCAAGCCCACCAUGAUGAUCAGCACCACGAUAGGCAACACGGCUCUGAUCCAGUGGCAGCCCCCCAAGGAGAUGGUCGGGGAGCACACAGGUUACCAACUGCAGUACAAGAGGGCUGAAGAGGGGGCUUUUACUGUGAAGGAUUUCAAAAAGACUGACGACCACUUCACAGUCACCGGCCUCUACAAGGGAGCGACCUACAUCUUCAGACUGUGUGCCAAGAACCGUGCCGGCCCUGGGGAGGAGUACGUCAAGGCGGUGAGCACUCCGGAGGAUGUGCCGGGCAGCUACCCCCAGAACCUGAGCGUGGUGGACCUGAGCGACACGUCCACCGCCCUGUCCUGGGACCCCCCGCCCCUGGCCGAGAGGAACGGGAGGAUUGUCCAGUACCUGGUAGUGUACCGGGACAUCAACAGCCAGCAAAACACCACCAACACCACCGCGGACACCCAGAUGACCAUCCAGGGCUUGAAGCCAGACACCACCUACGACAUCCGCGUGCGGGCGUUCACCAGCAAGGGGAGCGGACCACUCAGUCCAAGCAUCCAGAGCAGAACCAUGUCCUCCUCCCCACCAGAAUUCACCAAAAACUUUGUCGUUAAAGCAGUGACCAAAACCUCUGUCCUGUUAACCUGGGAAGUACCAGAAACGUAUCAAUCUCAGGUUGCUUUUAAGAUCCUGUACAACCAGCAGAGUGUGGAGGUCCAGGCCCACCUCAGGAAGAAGCUGAUCAGGGGUCUGCAGCCGGAGACGGAGUACUCCUUCAUGUUGAUGAGCCGCGGGAGCAGCGCCGGGGGUCUCCAGCAGCAGGUCUCCAUCCGGACGGCUCCUGACAUGCUGCACGUCAAGCCAGCGCACCUCCAACAGAACCCAGAGGAGGGGGGGAAGCUCACCUUCAGCCUGCCUCAGGUCCCCAAUGACGUCUCCGUCAGGUGGUACUAUGUAGUGGUGGUUCUUGUCACCCCAGCUUCACUGCAGAUGUGGGAAAGCCCUGAGGACAUGGAUUUAAAUGAGCUCCUGGAAACGGACAUGGACCCCAGCAUUUACCGGCGCCGGAGACAGAUCGAGGACGUUCCCCAGCCCUACAUCGCUGCCCAGCUGGAGUCCCUGCCUGAGGCCUUCACCCUGGGUGAUGAGAAGCACUACCACCGCUACUACAACCGGGCCCUGCCAGGGCAGCAGCUGUGCCUCUGCUUUGUCCUCGCCGAGCUCACAGACCAAGACUCUCAGCAGCAGAAGGUCUUUGUGGCCAGUCCGUUUUCUGAGCCGGUGGUGCUGUCGUUCCAAACCAUGCCGUGGCCCUCUGAGGACCCUGAGAUGCUCUGGGUGAUGGGUCCUGUUCUGGCUGUCCUCCUCAUCAUUGGCACCGUUAUUGCUAUUCUGCUGCUCAAGAGCAAACAAGAGGGGAAGCGGGGUUCGCUCACAGCCAAGGAUGAGUACCUGGUAGCCGGGGUUAAGGACUCACUGCUGCCCCAGACCCCAGACCCAGUGGAGAUGAGAAGACUCAACUACCAGACACAAGGUUCCAGAUCCCCCAAAUGCCCAAACACAACAAGGAUGAGGGAGCAUCCCCCUGUUGCCACGAGCGACCUGUUGGACCACAUCGAAAGGCUAAAAGCUAAUGAUGGCCUGGGCUUCUCUCUGGAGUAUGAGGCUAUAGAUCCUGGACAGCAGUUCACAUGGGAGCACUCAAACCUGGACGUGAACAAACCAAAGAACCGUUAUGCCAAUGUCAUCGCCUACGACCACUCCAGGGUGGUCCUCAGUCCGGUGGACGGGGUUCCAGGCAGCGACUACAUCAACGCCAACUACAUGGACGGCUACAGGAAGCAGAACGCCUACAUCGCCACUCAGGGCCCGCUGCCAGAGACACUGGGGGACUUCUGGAGGAUGGUGUGGGAGCAGCAGACCAGCACCAUCGUCAUGGUGACACGGCUUGAGGAGAAAUCAAGGCUUAAGUGUGACCAGUACUGGCCCAGCCGAGGCACAGAGACGUAUGGAAUGAUCCAGGUUGCCAUGUUGGACACCGUAGAGCUGGCCACCUAUAUUCUCCGCACCUUUGCCCUGUUUAAGAACGGCUCCAGCGAGAGGCGGGAGGUGAAGCAGUUCCAGUUCUUAGCCUGGCCGGACCACGGGGUCCCAGAGCACCCCACCCCCACCCUGGCCUUCCUCCGCAGAGUGAAGGCCUGUAACCCGCUAGAGUCUGGCCCCAUGGUAGUCCACUGCAGUGCUGGAGUGGGCCGGACCGGCUGCUUCAUCGUCAUAGAAGCCAUGCUGGAGAGGAUCAAGUACGAGAAGACGGUGGACGCCUACGGUCAUGUGACCUGCAUGCGUGCGGCCAGGAACUACAUGGUCCAGACCGAGGACCAGUACGUUUUCAUUCACGAGGCCCUGCUGGAGGCCACUAUCUGUGGCUGCACGGAGGUCCCAGCCCGCAGUCUGUUCGCCCACAUCCAGAAACUUUCCCAGAAUGCACCUGGGGAGACGCUCACCCCCAUGGAGCUGGAGUUCAAGAAGUUAGCCAACUCUAAAGCACAUACCUCAAGAUUUAUCAGUGCCAACCUGCCAUGCAACAAGUUCAAGAACCGCCUGGUGAACAUCAUGCCUUUUGAGUCCAGCCGGGUCUGCCUGCAGCCCCUUCGGGGGGUGGAGGGCUCGGACUACAUCAAUGCCAGCUCCAUCGAUGGCUACAGGCAACAGAGAGCCUAUAUGGCUACACAGGGCCCCUUAGCAGAGACCACCGAGGACUUCUGGAGGAUGCUCUGGGAACAUAACUCCACCAUUGUCGUCAUGCUCACCAAACUCCGGGAGAUGGGGAGGGAGAAGUGCCAUCAGUACUGGCCAGCUGAGCGAUCAGCCCGCUACCAGUAUUUUGUGGUGGACCCCAUGGCAGAGUACAACAUGCCUCAGUACAUCCUCCGAGAGUUCAAGGUCACGGACGCCAGGGAUGGCCAGUCUAGGACCAUUAGACAGUUUCAGUUUACUGACUGGCCUGAGCAAGGUGUUCCAAAAACCGGAGAGGGCUUCAUUGAUUUUAUUGGCCAGGUUCACAAAACCAAAGAACAGUUUGGACAAGAUGGACCGAUCACCGUACACUGCAGUGCGGGUGUUGGACGGACAGGUGUUUUCAUCGCUCUGAGCAUUGUGCUGGAGAGGAUGAGAUACGAGGGAGUGGUAGACCUCUUCCAGACAGUCAAGAUGCUGAGAACUCAGAGACCCGCAAUGGUGCAGACAGAGGACCAGUACCAGUUAUGUUACAGGGCAGCGCUGGAAUACCUUGGAAGCUUUGAUCACUAUGGGCCAUGAUGAUACAAGAACCUAUUUCUGACUUUGUGGUGGACUGCUUAGAAGGGGCAUGCUUGUUGCACCCCUCCCCUCCUCCACAAUCUUUUAGUAUGCCUCACUUUUUCAUUUGGACGAGAUACUUCCAUUAACCACCCGAAAGAUGCCCCUCAAAAAAAUAUUUUCUUCUGUUUUCCUUUAGAUCAUUGUUCCUCUGAUUAUAUACAUGGUAAUAUUAUCGUAUGUUUUAAUGUUUACUUUUUUUGUAAUUCAUUUAUACUUUUUAAUUAGCACACAUUAUAAUUUUCAGACAUGCUUCAAAUAUGGAAUAUUGGGGUUUGCAUAGAGCUGCUAAUGAUAUUAUUUUUCUUACCAUAUAACAUAUAUAUUAAAUAUACUAUGUUGUCAAACCAUGUUAUUAGAUGCAGCAUAAAGAAAAAAAAAACACCUUUUCUGUGAAGUAUAAAAUAUACCUCAGUUUAAACUAAUACUUUUAAUUCACAUGAAUAACAUAAUUUGUAUCCGUAACUUCCAUUAAUUAAUUAAUAGAGUUGAUGUUUUUAAAUUAUAUAGUUUGAAUCUGUACAAUGAACUUUGACUCAAGUAGAAUUUUGCUACAUUAUUAGACGAUACAAAUAAUUAAGAUAAUGAUGAACAAGUAGCAUAUUACAUUGAUACAAUACCAACCUAAAAAUUUGUAUCAUGGAUGUCACAAUGCAUCCCUUAAUUUACUAUAUAUACAUAUGUUUUAUGGAAAAUGAAUGGAUAUAAUUAUAUUUGCAUAUAUAAUGAUAUCCAUUAUACAGCAUAUAUAACACUUGGAGAAGAUAUUCUAUUCCAAUAUUAAGUAAUAUCAAUAUUACUAUGAUGAAAAAGUAGAAUUGGUGAAUCCCUGUUGAAGACUAUGUUCUGAUUUAGGUCUCAGUCUGGACAUCACUUGAUCCGUCCAAGCAUAAUGCUUUUUGGUUCAGACUGCUGUUUUAGACCUGAAAUAAAACUGUUAUGAAUCUGUUAAUACAUUAGGAGGAUUCAAACAUUCAGGUAAACCCCGUUUCUUUGUGUGAUUAUUCACACAUUACAACAGUCGCCAUGUCACUGUGGAACCGUGUUUGUAUGUCUACGCUGUCAUGUUUUUUUUAUUUGUAAAUAAAAGAGAUAUAACCAAAA